UUCACGCACAGUAUUUUCUCUCUGCUUCUACUCCCCAUUUUGCAGGAAAAUUGUAUUGGAUGACACUCCAGUUUCCUGAACCCCAAGGCUUUUACUCAGUGCACGUAGUUAUCCUUUCCUGCCAAGAAUUAAAGUCUCUUAUACGAUCUAUGGGCAAAACAGCUAAAUUCACUUGUGGGGUUGAUGGCAUUUAUGUCAUACAUCAAGGUCUUCACUGGUACCAUCAAGACAGCAGCAAGGCUAUUAAAUGGCUACUGUUCUACAAGCCUGGAACGACUGAAGCUGUAAAUGAAUAUAAAACAAGGAUAUCCCUGGAAAUUGCCACAGAAAGUUCUUGCACCUUGAGUAUUACCAAUAUUAAGCCUACGGAUGACGGCACUUAUUUCUGUGCAGCCUGGCAGAACACCACUGUCUUGCAAUUGUGCUUCAAAUUACUUUACGCUCAACCUACACUACUACAGGAACUUGCGGAGGAUGAAUGUGGAGUCUUCCUGGACCUGGUGGACUUGCUUAGAGAAAAUGAGACUGGCACAGGGAUGAUCCCUGUUCCACCUCUUCUUCCUCCUGUGCCACAUCCUGAUCCAUCAGCGCCUGAAGCGUUUUAUCAAGGAGACAUAGAAGUGGGAUAUUGGAUCAUUUGGCAGUGGCACUUAGCUCAUCAUAACAGUUUUUUGCUAAGAAAAUUAUCACUGUGUAAGGACGCCAACAUGAAGAAAUUUGGAAUAGGCACAAAACUUUUGGUGAUUGAUCAGAAGGCAAGAAAACCAGAUGUGACUAUCUUAGGCACAUCUAAGGAAAUUGUGAAGGAUACAGGAUCUGCAAUUUUACUAUGCAGCCUUCAGAAUUUCUUCCCUGAUGUAAUUAAUGUGGUGUGGAGAGCAGAUGGAGGCAAUGAGGUGCUGGAAUCCGAACAAGGUGAAAUUAUUAAGAAUGCAUCCAGUGACUUGUCCUCAUUGUACAGCUGGAUUACAAUUAAAAAACCUGGCAUAGGUAAAAUAUAUAAAUGCAAGUAUCAACACGAGGGAAAUCUAAGAACAUGGGAAGAAGUAGAGUAUGAUACAGCCAUUUUUAAAGAUACAGAGUCGGACAAGACAAAAAAUGGUAAUUGUACUAAUUUUGCAGGUGGUGUCCAUAUUAGGACUACGAUCAUUCGAGCUGCACAGCUUACUUACACAUUAUUACUCUUAAAAUGCCUCCUGUACUGUCCAUUCCUGCUUGUCUUUAAAUGCAAAUUCUUAAACUGAAUUUAUUUUUCCCAAAACACAAAUAUUAUGUUUUUGCACCUAAAGAAAAAAAGCUUUCAGUGAGUGCUUCAGAAUUAUACUCUACUAUCAUAUGUCUAUGUAGCUUGAU